CCCUAUACCUACCCUCAGCUAAAGUUGGACAAGGAAGAAAAGCCAAUAAAAAGACAAUGGAGAAAAUAUGCAGAGUUUGCAUGGGAAAUUCUGGACCAUUCGCAAGUAUUUUGGAUGAGACACAAAAAUCGGAGUGCGCAGGAUACGUGGUUAGGCAAGGCGAUUCACUAACAGAAAAUAUAUGUUCGCCUUGCCUAGAGGCUACAGUGAAUGCAUUCAAUCUUAAGGAAACUUGUGAGCAGAGCCAUGAACGCAGUUUUCCAGUGGUGCAGGAGAAUAAAGAAGACUUUUCCGAUAGUCAGAAAGAUGAGGACUGGGAACCGUCAGAUAGUGAAAGUGACCAGAGUGAGAAACAUUUUCAAACCGAUCAAGAUGGUAGCGAUAACACUGAUAAAAGUGAUAACGCUGAUAAAAUUGAUAGCACUGAUAAUACGGAUCAAAUUGAUAACACUGAUAAAAUUGAUAGACCACAUAAAUGUUCUCACUGCUCGAAGUCAUUUAAAGACGCAUCCUAUCUCAAAGUUCACAUGCGAACUCACACGGGCGAGCGACCGUAUAAGUGUUCUCAUUGCUCGAAGUCUUUCUCUCACUCCGGAACUCUUCGGCUUCACAUCCGUACGCACACGGGAGAACAACCCUACAAAUGCAUAUUCUGCUCAAAGAAAUUUCGACUAAAAUCCAAUCUUCAAACUCACACCCGUAUGCACACAGGGGAUCGACCCUUCAAAUGUUCCCACUGCUCGAAGUCUUUUGCACAAAAAUAUAAUCUUGAUAGACACACCCGUACACACACGGGUGAUCGACCCUUCAAAUGUUCCCAAUGCCCGAUGUCAUUUACACAAAAAUUCGAACUUAAGAUACACAUCCGUAGUCAUACGGGAGAACGACCUUAUAAGUGUUCCCACUGCCCUAAGUCCUUUGCCCGAUCCGAUUGCCUCCGAAUUCAUUUGCGCUUGCACAAGGAUGAACGAACCUACAAAUGUAGUUACUGCUCGGAGUCAUUUCAAGAAAAAUCCGACCUCCAAAGACACAGCCAUACUCACAGCUGGGAACGGCCGUAUAAAUGUUCUUCCUGCUCAAAAACUUUCGUACAUAAGUCUAAACUUGAUAGACACACCCUUUCUCACACAGGUGAACGACCCUACCAAUGCACUCAGUGUUCGAAGUCAUUUCCAGAAAAAUCUAACCUAGAGAUACACAACCGCACUCACACGGGCGAGCGACCGUACAAGUGUACCCACUGCUCCAAGUCUUUUCUUCACGCUGGAACUCUCCGCAAUCACAUCCAAUUCCGAACUUAA